AUGUCCAAAGAUGAAACUAGAUUACUUGUCUAUAAACCUUUGAAUAAAAUUAUUAAGCGAUUCAAGAAUCAUCCAAUUGCAGCCAAAUUGAAUAAUUUUUGUAAGAAAUUUGAUGAGCAUAGUAUUUGGAUCCACCAAGUACCGGAUGAUGAUUAUAAUGAGGAAAAGAGUGAUGUUUUAGUCUACCUUCAUGGAGGUGGAUAUAUGAUAAAUAUAGUAGAAACUCAAUUUGUAUUCCCAGCUUGUCUAUACUAUGCGAUGAGUGAACAUACUAGAAAGAGCCUUUCUAUUUUGGUAGUGGAUUAUUCUUUAACUUUGUUUGGUCAUACAUAUCCAACUCAAUUAGGGAGACUUGGUGAUUCAUGUGGUGGUCAUUUAGCACUUUCUGUCGCCCGAGCAAUUGCAUAUCCUAAAGAAACCAGGGAACAAUUUGGUCACUUUCCAAAAUUCCCCAUUGAUUUUCCAAUUGAAGGUUUACCUCAGCCAAGAUCUUUAUCUUUAGAUUCUCCUUGGAUUAGUCCUUGUACACCCGUUCUGUUUCCUAGUAGACACGGUGUUGAUUGUACUGGUGAUACAGGACCUCCAAAUACUAUCAAAGGUGAUACGUUUGUAGGUAAUGCCGACAAAUAUUUGAUUAAUAAUUUCCUCAAUUUUGCAAAUACGAACUAUGAUGAUCAUUGGGAAAAUGUGGAAGCCAUUACUAAUGGAAGAACCUUGAUGAUUGUGGGUGAAAGAGAAUAUUUGAGAGAUAGCAUUGAUGACUUCUAUUCAAUUAUCAAUAAGAAUAAGGGUUUCCUAUUAUACAGAAAAGGGAGGAAUCCAUGCUGCUGGUGCUUAUAUUGA